CCAUCCUGAACUCAUCUCCCUCAGGUCUAGCUUUCCAUCAUGGAAGGUAAAACACGGUGCAGGAUGUGGCAAAUCAUAGCUGCCAUGUUGCUCUUGUGUUCUUUAGCCUCAUGUUUGAUUUAUUUUAGUUUGCAAGGAAGAUCUAAAGUAGAUAAACUUGAGGACGCUGCUGAAGCUUUAGAAUUGAUGAAAGGACGUAUUUUCAUUAAUGAAAACGAGCUUGACUACCAGUCAGAUCUUGCUGCUACAGAAAAGGAUGUCUUAACACAACCCGAUUACAAAGUAGCAGAAGAUGACACGGCUGAAGCAACAUGGAGGCUAUUGAAUGCAUCACUUGAGUGUGGCAGUGAUGAGUUCACGUUUAAAGCUAUGGGACCUGAUGCUGCUGAUCUGCAACUGGAAAUGGACAAUGGAAAACAUCUACCUCUAAUCCAUCUUCCUAAAGAGUGUGGGUUCUCAGUGAAGCAGACCGUGUUAGGACUGAUUGUAAUCAUUCCAUAUGGUGGCUGCGGUGUUAAACACGAGAAUGGUACCUAUAAUUUGCUGAUGAAAUGGGGGGAGGAUGAUGUCAGAAUAAUCUGCGUUGUGUUGGAAACUCCUGAUGAAAUCCCAGCUACAUCCUCCUCUUCACAGCCUACAGAAACCCCUUCGUCUCUCCUGCCACAGAGCCCCUACCGCUCCAAGCGACAUCUCCGGUGGCGCCCCAUGUAUGUCCCUUGCUUUCCAAACAAGCGUUUCCCCCUCUGCUUGUACACUCACCCACCACAAACAACCACUACUCCUGAACCAACAUUCCCUCCUCUCAUCCAUCCUUUCUACAUGGAAAAGCUUUUUGGGCUUCACCCCAUCUACGAAAACUACCUCAACAUGAACCCACAAAAGGUAAUGCACCGGAUGGCUGGCAAGAAUCUAGGCUGGAAGCUGCUCCAGACAAACGAGAAGCCUGAAAGGCCUCACCACCCCUUUCAGUAUUUAUUUGAAAGAUUUCCCCUCACAACCACCACAGUCCCAACUACGACACCAUGUACCACGACGACCACAAGCUCCAGCCACAAAGGCUGUUUAAGCUUCUGGGAUCAGUUGGCUAACUUCCACAAAUUCAAUCCAAGAGGCCAAAACCACCCGCGACUCGUGGGAGAAUACGGAACUGAAUACCAGACUCAAGAUGGCGCAGACUCCUUUUGGGACUCCUUUCCCUUGAUGCCAUACAACUAAAGAUGAUCCUUCCGCUUGCUGGAGGGCUACCUGAGAACUGAGUGACUAGACUCUCCUUUUUCCUGUGAAAACAUUUUACAAGCUGGUCUGUAAUGUUCAGUUUAAUAAAGUUUGACCUUAAACUUCA